UCACCUGUAGCUACUAUGUUUAGCUAGCUAGUUUUCAUGUCAUUUCGAUAUUAGAACUUCUUGUAACACCAUGGACUGUUAAAGAACACGGAAUAUUUAUAACAUAUUUAUUUUGUCACCUUUUUUCGUGACUUGUCUGAUUUGUUUUAAGAUGUAUGGCGUAGAUUAGGGGUGUCAAAUUUAGUUGCUAACACCGCCUCCAACCCUGUUUCAUCACAUUUACCUGUAGGAUUCAAAGAAGACAAACGGACUCUAUUAGUUUGAUCAGGUAACUGAAACUCAACUGCGCAGAGCUUCGUCCCUUCAGGAACUGAGUUUGUCGCCUGUGGCGUAGAUUAUAAAUCUGCUUUCACUUUCUUAUUCUUUCAACCUCAACCCCUUCACCGGAAGAGUUAAGCGUUAAGGUGAUCCAACUUUGCUCAGCAAGAUUUCUACGAACAACUGUAGACUACUUAAGAUAUAAGCGAACGUUUUUUAUCCCUUCACUUCAGAAUAUAAUGUUGGAAAAAAUUUAUUACAAAGUCAUGACACCUAAAAAUGUUGAACAAACUGCUCUAGAAUUCGAGGAAAAUCUAAAAAAGAAUAUAAAAUAUGUUAAAUUAAAAAAUGUGGAGAGGGGAAAAAAAACAAGAGAAAAGCCCAGUGAUGUUCACCUGGCUUUCUGUCCGGUAGUUUCUCGCACUGGAACUGACAUUGAUGCGACACUCAAGAAAAUUAAAGACGAUACACCGACCAUUUUAGUGGUGCUUCAUCACACAUUUGACACUGAGGUUGUUGUGUCAAAUAGCAGUACAUUUGUGGCAAGGGAGAAUAUGCUUGUUGUUGACUGUCUGUUCUACGAGGGUAAAGGAUUGCUUGCCUGUAAAAAAAAUAAGGAGGCUUAUAAAGAAGCUGCAAAGUGGCUAAAAAACCGAAAGGAAGCUGUUGGCAAUUCAAGCCGCAAGCAGGACACAUCCUCCCCAGAUGUCCGGUCUAGUAGAAAUGAUCAUAAUAGAGAUGAACGCAAAAAACCUGAUGCCUCCAAGAAAAAAAAGAAAACUUGUGUUAUUCUCUGAACAGUGAAAUUGAUCACAUCAGGCAAGCACUGCAAAAUACAACAAACUUUAAAAUUUUACAUUCUGCACAUCUGUAUUGGAAAACAACAUGGUGGAUUAAUUUUUUAUUGUUUCAUAUGUUUUAAAUGCAUUUUUAUGACCAAUGUUGAGAAUAAUCCUAGUCUAGAUUUAUAAUGUAACCCACUACACUACACUGGGCCUGUUUUCAGUACAUUUCCUCAAAUGACUCUAUUAGCAUGGUCAACAAUCAUCAAAAGAAUAGUGUAAUAAGGUGUGAUGGUCACUAUCAUGCAGCAUUUGGGACCUUGAUUUCUGAUAUGUGAUUCAAUGUGCACAUGGUGUGAGAGGAAGAAAGCAAGAUUAUCUGCCUGCAUAAAGUCUGCAUGAACUCAAAAUGUACAAUGUUCAUUUUACUAGCACAAAUUAGUCUUUAUGUGAACAAUUAAUCAGUGGAAGUUAAUACACUGAAAAAAAAAACAAUUAAUACUAUGAGACAUAUUUAAUUUGUACGAAAAAUGAACAAAAGUCUUUAUUAACUUCUCUCUUUAUCAAUUAAUAAACAUUAUUUUAACAUUACACUUUCAGGCCUGUAGCCAGCUUAUUGAAAGGAGGUCUUAUUUGUUUUCUAAAAACUCUUUAUAGUUAUUCACCUGAUUUUCUGUUUAAUUGGGGUAUACAUAUUACAUUUUAGUGACAUAUUAAGAACUUGUAUUUGCUGGAAUAUCUUGUUGGAUAGUUAUUAUAACUACACUUUUUGAUGUACCAAAAAUA